AUGCAUUUCCGCGAGGAAGUAAUUCUUGAUGAAGCACAAAAACAAAAUUUGGAAAGCCGGACCCCUGAAUUAGCCCAGUUGAUACUCUACUUGCAGAGUAGGAAAAAGAAAUGCACUAAAGUCCCAAAUAUUAGAAUAUGGGAGCAGUAUAUCGACGAAACAAUUGAUAUUCUGGAUGAAGUUGUUGGCGUCAAGGUUUGCAAAACAAAAACUUCUCAGGGAUAUCAGUUGUAUGUAAAAAACGCUUUAAAAAUUCAACACGAUACUUCCGAUGAGAACCAUUGCUAUUCAGAGAAAGAUAGAGCAAAGUAUGGAUUAUUGAUUGCGAUUCUGAUGUUUAUUUAUAUGAUGCGUCGUCCUGGUUCUCUUACUUAUACCGUUUCCGAGAAUUCACUAAAAAGUUUCUUGGUAAAAGUGCUUUUAUCAGGAAUUUGA